CAAGCAGUCGCAUAGGCCAAGCCGGCCAAGUGCAAUGGCGAACAGGGCCAGUGGAUCAAGGUCCGCGACGGCGGCCGCUCUCGCGACGACGCUCCUCUUCUCUGCUCUCGUCCUGUACUCCGUGAAGCCGGACACCUGGCGCCUCUUGUUCCCGUGGCACCCCACGCUCGCGGUGUUGGCGUACGGCCUGAUCACUCAUCCCGCCGUGCUGUUGGUGCGCCUUGGCCGGACGCGACUGCACUGGGUGAUGCAGGCGGCGUCGAUAGCGUGCGCCUUGCUCGGCUGCUGGGCCGCCUUCGUCCACAAGGCCGGCCUAAACAAACCGCACUUCACCACGUGGCACUCGUGGACGGGACUGGCCGCCCUGCUGCUCAGCCUGGUCGAGGGGACCGUCGGAGUGGCGGCCCUGACGCUGCGCACUUCCAACGUGGGCAAGCAGUACCCGUGGCUGAAGUACUCCGUGCUGCGGCGCGUCCACCGUGCGAUAGGCCUGUCGGCGCAUGGGUUCGCCACUGCUGCCAUGGUCCUGGGACUGCGCUCUCACUACGGCCGCCAGGCGCUGGCAGCGGCGCUGGGCACGGACACCGCAGCGCUACAACUCCUCGUCCAGGCGCUGGCAGCGGCGCCAUUCGCAUCCGUCGUGCAACAUCUACGCAGAAGGCGCUAAAGCGACCUCGUGAAAUUAUUUUGCAAAUAAAGAGGUUUUUUACAUAUA